GCUGCCGCGGCGGCUGGAGAAAAGUUGUCCCGGCCAGAGCGCGAGCUGCCGCGGAUCCGAGCCGCCGCGGCGCGCCUAGCAGGGGCUGGGUGAGACCACCGGAUCCGUCGCCGGGCCGGCCAACUGGCUGCCGGGGGUCGCCCCGGGGCAUGGGACAGCCGGCGGGGGCUGCGGGCCGGCGCUGCGCCCCGGGUUGGCGGCGGGCGGCCUGAGCAACCGGACGCAGGAUGCGCUCCGAGGGCGCGGCCGCCGGGCCGGUGGCGCCGCUGUGCGGGGCCCUGAGCCUGGUGUUGAGCGCGCUUCUGGGCAAAGUGAUAGAGGGCCGGGGGGUCACAGACAACGUACAGAGGUUUUCCUCGCUGCCACCAUAUCUGCCUGUGAGCUACCAUGUACUCAGAGCGGAGACCUCCUUCUUCCUCAAGGAGGCCAACCAGGACUUGCUGCACAAUGCCAGCCUGCAGACCAGGGUUGAAUCUUUCUUUACCUACAAAGCCAAGCGGCCCCCGAUACUCAAUGCCAGCUAUGGGCCUUUCUCUGUGGAAAAGGUUGUGCCUCUGGAUUUGAUGGUGACUUCAAACUUUCUAGGCCCCACCAGUCAGUUCAGUUUCAACUGGAAGCUGAAGGCCCACAUCCUGCGGGACAAGAUCUACCCAAGCCGGCCACGGGUGCAGGUUCUAUUCCACGUGGUGGGCAGAGGCUGGGAUGAGCCAGGCACUGGGGACCGGCUGCCCUGCCUGCAGGUGUUUGCUUUCCGGGAGACCCGAGAGGUGAGGGGCAGCUGCCGGCUGGCGGGGGGCCUGGGGCUGUGCGUUGCGGAGCUGGAGCUCCUGGCCGGCUGGUUCAGCGCCCCCACGGUGGUGGCCGGGAGGAAGAGGUCAGGGGAGCCAUCUGAGAGCAGCCCUGUGGAGCUCUACUACACUGUGCAGCCCGGGGACGGGCGAGGGGACUGUGCGGGCAGUGACGUCCGCAAGGGCAAUGCCAUCCUUCCAGGCAAGGGCGGACUGGAGGAGACCAUGGCCCACCUGCAGAGGAUUGGCGCUGUUGGCCUCUAUCGGGCGCAGGACAGCGCUCAGCUUAGCGAGUUACGUUUAGAUGGCAAUGUGGUCAUCUGGCUGCCCUCCAGGCCAGUCAAACAAGGAGAUGUGGUCACUGCCUAUGUCACUGUCGCCAGCAACUCCACCGUGGACCUCUUCAUCCUGAGAGCCAAGGUGAAGAAGGGCGUGAACAUCCUGAGCACGCAGAGCAGCGAGCCCCGGCAGUGGGACGCCAAGCAGGAGGUGGGGUACGGCGGGAGGCACACCACCACCACCGUGGUGUGCCAGCGCCUGGGGCCCGCCGCGCACAACAGAAGCAGCAGUGUAUUCAAUGAGGUCGUGCAGAUGAACUUUGAAAUAGCCAGCUUCAGCAGCCUCUCGGGAACUCAACCCAUCACCUGGCAGGUUGAAUACCCACGGAGAGAAACCACAGACAUCGCCGUGUCUGAGAUCUUCAUCAGCCAGAAGGACCUGGUUGGCAUCGUCCCCUUAGCCAUGGACACUGAAAUCCUGAAUACCGCCAUCCUCACAGGGAAGACAGUGGCCAUGCCCAUCAAGGUGGUGUCUGUGGAGGAGAACGGCUCCGUGACGGAUAUCUCAGAGUCGGUGGAGUGCAAGUCCGCAGACGAGGACGUCAUCCAAGUGUCUGACCACUGUGACUACAUCUUUGUCAAUGGCAAAGAGAUGAAAGGCAAGGUGGAUGCAGUAGUGAAUUUCACCUACCAGUACCUGAGCGCCCCACUGCAUAUCACCGUGUGGGUACCCCGGCUGCCUCUGCAGAUCGAGGUCUCUGACACAGAGCUGAGCCAGGUUAAAGGCUGGAGGGUCCCCAUUGUAGCCAGUAAGAGGCCCACCCGAGAGAGCGAGGAUGAGGAGGGCGAGGAGCGGCGCCGGGGCUGUGCCCUGCAGUACCAGCACGCCACCGUGCGGGUUCUCACCCAGUUUGUGUCCGAGGGCGCCGGCCCCUGGGGCCAGCUGAGCCACCUGCUCAGUCCCGACUGGCAGGUCGACGUCACCCACCUGGUUGCAGACUUCAUGAAGCUGGAGGAACCUCACGUUGCCACACUCCAGGACAGCAGGCUCCUGGUCGGGCGGGAGGUUGGGAUGACCACCAUCCAGGUGUUGUCCCCACUGUCCGACUCCAUCCUGGCAGAGAAGACAGUAACCGUGUUAGAUGACAAAGUAUCAGUGACAGACUUGGCCAUUCAGCUCGUGGCGGGGCUGUCUGUCACCCUGCACCCCAGCACAGAGAACAGCAAGGCCAUCACAGCUGUGGCCACAGCUGAGGAUCUGCUGCACACCCCGAAACAGGAAGCUGUGCUCAGCACCUGGCUCCAGUUCAGUGAUGGCUCAGUGACACCCCUGGACAUCUACGACACCAAGGACUUCACCCUGACUGCCACCUCCCUGGACGAGACCAUUGUGUCCAUCCCCCAAGCCCGCUCACCCAGGUGGCCUGUUGUGAUGGCCGAAGGGGAAGGCCAGGGGCCACUGGUCCGGGUGGACAUGACCAUCGCAGAGGCCUGCCAGAAAUCCAAACGCAAGAGCAUCCUGGCUGUGGGCAUCGGCAACGUCAGGGUCAAGUUUGGCCGGAACGACGCUGACUCCAGCCCCGACGGGGACUACAACGAGGGUGAGAUGAAGAACCAUGCCAGCGACCGCCGGCAGAAGGGCCAGGACCCUGAGCGUGCAGGCCAGGUCGGGCACCUCCCUGGCAGCUCCCUGGUGGGGCGUGAGGAAGGCGCCCUACGGAGAGGUGGCACCACGGUCAAAUCACUGCUGGACAACAAAGUGGUGAAGAACAGCCGGCUGGAUGGGGGCAGGCUGCCCGGAGAGGGCCAGCUGCAGAACAUUCCCCUGGACUUCACCAACUUCCCGGCCCAGGUGGACCCAGCCCAGCCCGGCCCCAGCCUGAGGGACAGCGACCUGGUGCAGACGCCCCGCAGCCUGAGCAACCUGGAGAUUGGCAUGUAUGCCCUCCUGGGCGUUUUCUGCUUGGCCAUCCUUGUCUUCCUGAUCAAUUGCGCCACCUUUGCCCUCAAGUACAGACACAAGCAGGUGUCCCUGGAAGGCCAGGCCUCCAUGACCCACUCGCACGACUGGGUGUGGCUUGGCAAUGAGGCCGAGCUCCUGGAGAACAUGGGUGAGGGGUCGACGCCGCAGGACGAGCACACCACCAUCAUAGACCGCAGGCCAGGCAGCAGUGAGGAGAGCAAUCGCCUCCUUCUCAACGGAGGUUCCCAAAAGCAUGUGCAGAGCCAGAUGCACAGGCUGGCUGAGUCUGGGGGGAAGCAGAGCAGGGACCAGAGACACGAGCCUCCGCACUCGCCCACCUCCAAAAGGAAGAAGGUGAAGUUCACCACCUUCACCACCAUCCCCCCGGACGACAGCUGCCCCACCGUGAACUCCAUCCUCUGCAGCAACGAUGAGGACAUCAAAUGGGUGUGCCAGGACAUGGACGUGGGCGCCCCGCUAGAACUCAGAAACUAUCUGGAGAAACUCAAGGACAAAGUGUAGGCGCCUCUGGCCCCCGAGAAUUAGGGGUGGAGUCGAGCACUGCGGCCUCCUUACAGACCAGAUGGAAAUUUGGGAGCCGGGAAGGAAUGGUUUUUUGUAUCAGAGGUUUUCUAGCAGUAGAUUGUGGCAGAUUUUCAAAAGCCUGUGGAACAAACUCUCGGAGUGGGUGGCUUUGAACUGUGCAAGGCAAAGCUAAGAAGGUUAUUUUAUGAGUCAGAAUAUAACACAGACAAGCUACCAAAAAUUAUUUGUUAAAAAAUGCAAAAAGACAAAUAAAAAGAGACAGAAAUAA